GCGCCGCUCGCUCGCCUCGCCCCUGCUGCUGCCGCGGGCUGCGUCUGGCUGGCUGGCUGGCGGCGGAGCUGGGCGCAGCGCACCAUGGCAGUGGAGGAAGAGGGGCUGCGGGUCUUUCAGAGCGUCCGGAUCAAAAUAGGAGAAGCAAAAAAUCUUCCUACAUAUCCGGGGCCAAACAAGAUGAGGGAUUGCUACUGUACAGUAAACCUGGACCAGGAGGAGGUUUUCAGGACCAAAAUAGUGGAGAAGUCACUAUGCCCCUUUUAUGGAGAAGAUUUUUACUGUGAAAUUCCUCGGAGUUUUCGUCACCUGUCAUUUUAUAUUUUUGAUAGAGAUGUUUUCCGAAGGGAUUCCAUAAUAGGAAAAGUAGCUAUACAGAAGGAAGAUCUGCAGAAGUACCAUAAUAGAGACACCUGGUUUCAACUACAACAUGUUGAUGCUGAUUCAGAAGUGCAGGGGAAGGUCCACCUGGAACUGAGACUGAGUGAAGUCAUAACAGACACUGGUGUAGUUUGCCAUAAGCUUGCAACACGAGUCCUAGAGUGCCAAGGCCUGCCAAUUGUGAAUGGACAGUGUGACCCCUAUGCCACUGUGACCUUAGCUGGACCAUACAGAUCUGAAGCCAAAAAGACUAAAGUCAAAAAGAAGACCAACAAUCCACAAUUUGAUGAAGUGUUUUAUUUUGAGGUCACAAGACCCAGCAGCUACAACAAAAAAUCCCAUUUUGAUGUGGAAGAUGCUGAUGAAGUUGACAAAAUGGAGAUUAGAGUUGAUCUUUGGAAUGCCAGUAACUUGAAGUUUGGAGAUGAGUUCCUAGGAGAACUGAGACUUCCUUUAAAAUUCCUCCGGCAAUCCAGCUCAUAUGAAGCAUGGUAUUUUCUGCAGCCCAGAGACAAUGGCAACAAGUCACUGAAAACUGAUGAUCUUGGUUCUUUAAGGUUAAAUGUGGUUUACACUGAAGAUCAUGUGUUUUCCUCAGACUAUUACAACCCACUUAGAGACCUCCUGUUAAAAUCUGCAGAUGUUGAGCCUGUUUCAGCAUCUGCUGCACAUGUGUUGGGUGAAGUUUGCAGAGAAAAACAGGAAGCAGCCAUACCUUUGGUCAGGCUUUUUUUACACUAUGGCAGAAUAGUACCUUUCAUCAGUGCAAUUGCAAAUGCUGAAGUGAAGAGGACUCAAGACCCAAACACCAUUUUCAGAGGAAAUUCAUUAACUUCCAAGUGCAUUGAUGAGACAAUGAAGCUGGCAGGGAUGCAUUAUCUUCAAGUUACACUAAAGCCAAUUAUAGAUGAGAUCUGCCAGGUCCAUAAGCCUUGUGAAAUUGAUCCUGUGAAAUUAAAAGAUGGUGAAAAUCUGGAAAAUAACAGGGAAAAUCUGAGGCAGUAUGUUGACCGCAUUUUUACUGUUAUUACGAAAUCUGGUGUAAGCUGUCCUACGGUGAUGUGUGAUAUUUUCUUUUCACUGAGAGAAUCAGCUGCCAAACGUUUUCAAGGUGACCUAGAUGUAAGGUACACAGCUGUUAGCAGCUUUAUUUUCCUGAGGUUCUUUGCUCCUGCAAUUCUUUCCCCAAAUCUCUUUCAACUUACACCACACCAUCCAGAUCCUCAGACCUCUAGGACUUUGACGCUCAUUUCUAAGACCAUACAAACACUGGGCAGUUUAUCCAAAUCUAAAUCUGCCAGCUUCAAGGAGUCCUACAUGGCUAUUUUUUAUGACUAUUUUAAUGAACAAAAAUAUGCAGAUGCAGUAAAGAAUUUCCUAGAUUUGAUUUCAUCUUCUGGAAGGAGAGACCACAAGAGUAUAGAGCAACCCAUACUUCUUAAAGAAGGGUUCAUGAUCAAAAGAGCCCAAGGUAGAAAACGCUUUGGUAUGAAAAACUUUAAGAAGAGAUGGUUCCGCUUGACUAACCAUGAAUUUACCUAUCAGAAAAGUAAAGGUAACAAAGGUGAUCAUCCUCUAUGUAGCAUUCCAAUAGAAAACAUUCUUGCUGUGGAAAAAUUGGAGGAGGAGUCCUUUAAAAUGAAAAACAUGUUCCAAGUGAUUCAGCCUGAAAGAGUCCUGUACAUUCAGGCAAAUAACUGUGUUGAGGCCAAGGACUGGAUCGAUAUCCUUACCAAAGUUAGCCAGUGCAACAAGAAACGUCUCACAGUUUAUCACCCUUCUGCAUACCUCAAUGGGCACUGGCUGUGCUGUAAGGCUACUGCAGAUAAUGCUCCUGGCUGUACCCCUUGCACUGGUGGCCUACCAGCGAAUAUACAGCUAGACAUAGAUGGAGAUCGAGAAACUGAACGCAUCUACUCCCUCUUCAACUUGUAUAUGCCAAAAUUGGAGAAAAUGCAAGAGGCUUGUGGUAGCAAAUCCGUGUAUGAUGGGCCAGAACAGGAAGAGUAUUCAACAUUUGUCAUUGAUGACCCUAAGGAAACGUAUAAAACACUAAAGCAAAUCAUAGAAGACGUUGUGACUUUAGAACAAGAACAUGCUCAGUACAAGAGGGAUAAAUUCAAGAAGACAAAAUAUGGAAGCCAGGAACACCCUAUUGGAGACAAGAGUUUUCAGAGCUACAUCAGGCAGCAGUCCGAAAUCUCAGCACAUUCCAUUUGAAGUGUAAAAGAAGUGACAGGAUGAUGCUGAAGGAUGAAUUACUGAAGCUUAAAAAGCUUAAAAAAGGGAAACCACAUGUAGCACAGUGUAGAUAACAAGCGCAAGCUUACAAACUCUGUGUCUUGCUAAGUGUGUUAUUCUCUCUCCAAGAACUGUUAUAAUAGUUGCUAUGCACUUUAUUCAUCUGGUUAUCUACAGAUGAUGGAACUCUGCCUUCUAGGCAGUUGUUGUCGUGUGUUUUUAAAUAUGCUUUGAUUUCUUGGAAUCUAGUGAUCAGUUCAAUGAUCAGGUGCGUGGACUUCAUUUUGCAACUAUCCCUCAUGUUACGGAAAGCAAGUAAGCUGAUGAAAUGCAGCAUUUUCUAAAGUUGUUUGUUACUGGUUUUUUGUUCCUGGUUACUUGUAUAUUAUGCCACACAUCUGCAUUAUGCCAUCUUAG